CAUAUGAUGGAAAAGGAAAGAAAAAUCUUGCUACGCUAACGGUGCGGUUGCAAUCUCAAAUCAAAUUGAGCACUGCAAACGGUACCUGCUAUUUGCGUUCCCAACCUCUGAACCACGCAACUGCAACAUUUUUAUUUGGUGAAUGGCUCGCCUAAUAUCUUCGAACCCCAUCACCUUCCACAGCUUCCAACCAUGCCUCCCAAUUCCUCGCCACCAUCCCUUCAAAACUCGCAAAUUCCACACCUUAUCUUGCCAAACAGAUCCUAACCUCCACGAAAAGGAAACCCCUCCAACGGAAAAGAAACUGGUGGUCGAGUCUAACCCAGUCAAUGGUCAAACCAACAAGACAACAGCAACUCCACUCCCUCAAUUGCCCACCAAAGAUGUCAACAACAAGAUCGCGGUUGUUUCCACCUUAGCAGCUUUGGGACUUUUCCUAUCUACGAGGUUGGAUUUCGGUGUUUCCCUCAAGGACCUCUCUGCCAUUGCAAUGCCUUACGAAGAGGCUCUCUCCAAUGGGAAACCCACUGUGGUGGAGUUUUAUGCAGAUUGGUGUGAGGUAUGUCGGGAAUUAGCUCCUGACGUCUACAAAGUAGAGCAACAAUACAAGGAUCGAGUUAAUUUUGUAAUGUUGAAUGUUGAUAACACAAAGUGGGAGCAAGAGCUUGACGAGUUCGGGGUGGAGGGUAUUCCACACUUUGCAUUCCUCGAUAGAGAAGGCAAUGAAGAGGGCAAUGUUGUGGGAAGGCUUCCAAGACAGUACCUGCUGGAAAAUGUGGAUGCCCUUGCUAGUGGACAAGCAUCCGUUCCUCAUGCUCGUGUUGUGGGUCAAUAUUCAAGUGCUGAAGCAAGGAAAGUGCAUCAAGUUGUUGAUCCAAGAAGUCAUGGUUAGAUGACCACGUAUACAGUACCUUCUUUUACUGUUUCACAGUAACUGGUUUCAUUUGUCAGUCAGCAAACAACUCAUUGCUCUUGUUCAUGAAAAUUGUGCGAGUCUAUCAUAGGUUAGGAUCUGAAUCUAGGUAUCAACGGCAAUUGUUAGCUCAAAUGUGUCUAUACUCUCGCAAUCUUGUUAUAGGUGAAGAUGCACUUGAAUGCUUACAGGUCUGCUACUCUGCUCAUUAUCUGUUUAUAUCUGUAUACCCCCUUCAUAAAAAAAAUAUAAAUACACGGAAUUCUUAGUCUAUCAAA